AACAGCUUCGUCUUAAAUCGGUUCCCCAGCUCCGUGAUUUUUUGAAAGAAAGAGGUAUUCAAACAUCAAUUUAUCGAAAACAACAACUACUUAGAUUGACAGAAGCUGCAACUGCAAUGGAAAUUGAGCCGGAAGAAUGCGCCAUUGAAAAUAAACGCUACCACGAUCAACAAAGGAGAACGGUGGAGGUCCGUACCGAUGAAAAUAUUACGACUUUUAUUUUACCUGACGUUAGUGGACUUUCUGAUUGGAAGGUUGAUUUACAAACUUUGCCAAAAAUUGAAAUGGGUGAUGUAAUGGUGUAUUUGAUGACUUACUGUGACUGGAGUGCAAACAGACUGAAGUCUUACAAAGAUGAUAACUCAUUCAAACUGUAUCAAACCAACCACAUUGACAAAGUUGCGAUGGCCACUGUUGCACAUGGAUACAUGUAUGUUAAGAGUACCUGCGUGCCAGAGACAAGGCAAUCAGAGAAGCCUUACGAGACAUGGAUACUCUUACAUAAAAAUAGUUCUGUGAAAUCUGGUGGCUGUACUUGUGUGGCAGAUGAUGGAAGUUGCAAGCACUGUGUAGCAUUGUUGUUUGCAUUGCAUGACUUCAGUGAAAGGCACCAAGACAGAGGCACUGAAGUAUGCACUGACACUCUAACCCUGUUACAACACAAAAUAUCGACUUUGGUAAGAAAGAUAUCCGUGAUAGUUAUCAGCCUUUUUCUGAUAAUGCUAUUGAUUUGCAUCUAAAGCCUUACAGAGACAAUUUAAUGAAAUCUUUGUACAAAGUCUGCAAGAAACAUGGUUCAGUAUUAACUUACACCAUGGAGCCUCCGUCUGAUGAAAGUGAUAGUGAAAAUGAUAUCAAUAACAAUCAAGUACUGUUACCAGAUGAUAUUCAGAAGUAUAAAUCAGAGCAUGACAUUGUAGAAAGACAGGAAUUUCUUGAAUAUUUGUGUAACAUUCAUACACCAGAAAUUAUUAGAAAUAUUGAAAGUAUAACAAAGGAACAGAUUGAUGACCCAAUGUGGCAUGAAUAUCGAAAGGGUAGAAUUACGGCAUCAAUAAUGGGAUCGGUUCUGAAAUGCAAUAUGGAAAGACUGAAUGAAAAUAACUACAUAGUAAAGAAAAUUCAAAGUUCUGCCACUUUUUUCUCUACACAAGCCACAGAUUAUGGAAAAUCGAUGGAAGGUGUCGCUCGAAACCAGUAUACGGAACAAUACAUCAAAUCUCACCAGAAAGCAGAAAUUUUGAAGGCAGGUUUGUCAAUUUCUCCUGCAUGUCCUAUUAUAGCUGCUUCCCCAGAUGGAUAUGUGAAAUGUCUAUGUGGUGGUGAAGGUCUCCUGGAGAUCAAGUGCACAUACACACACCAGCACAAGUAUACUAAGGAUAUUGCUAGUGAAAACAAUUAUGUUCAUCUUGUGAAUGAUGAAGUGAAAUUAAAGGAAAACUCGCCUUGGUACUCACAAAUCCAAACUCAACUUUUUGUAACUGGAAAAUCAUGGUGUGAUUUUGUUCUUUUUACUCAAAAAGACUUUGCAACUGAUAGAAUUUAUUUCAAUGCAGAAUAUUUUGAUAUGUGCUUGAAAAAGGCUAUUGAUUUCUACUUCAAAUUUAUAAUGUAAUUUCAAAUUUUUAAU